CGAGUUUCGACGGGAAUUGUCCGUCUCUUUUCAUCGCCCACGCAGGGCCACGCGGUCGAAGCGAGACGGAGCAACGAGGCUGUCGGGCGAGUCGGAAACGGGGAGCAGCGGCCCUAUAUGCGAAGGGUGCGCGGGGCGCAUUGUUCGCGGCGCCUUUCAACAUGGCACCGUCGUUACCGCUGCGUCGGAGAAACGCUGCGAGGAGGAACGCGCGAGCCUCGUCGGGGGUGCACUAGUGCCGAACAGAUCGAACGGUGGAGAGGAGGACGCGCGCUCCUCGGCCGCGUGAGCGCGUGAGAGUGCGUCGUCUUCGGAGUGCGCGUCGGGUUUCGCAGCGGGACUCUCGUGCGGAUCGGGAACGCGCGGGAGAGGGAAAGAGAAGGAAAGAGAGAGAGAGAGAGAGAAAGAACGAGAGAGAGAGAGAGAAGGAGAGGGCAGGAAAAGGAGAGGACAGCGAGCCAUGUCGAGGAAUCGCACGGGGCAGGGACGGCAGGCCAAUCCGGUGGCGGUCAUCCUACCCCGUGUCGAGUGACAGGCUUGCUUACGUAACGGACGUAUUCUCGCUAUGAUAACGACACUCCGGACGGCGCGAACGCGACACGUCGACGCGAGAAAGCGGCUACAGCAUCAGCAGCAGCAGCAGCGGAGCAGCAUCGUCGCCGGGAGGUGGACCGUCGACGCGGCGGCGACGGCGCAGCGCGCGACCCCGACAGAAAUACGCCGACCCGGAUCCCGCUAUCGCCGUCUCUGAUACCCGUCGCUUAAACGGACGCCGAGCGUCGCGACGCCCACGUCGUCGUCGUCGCCGCCGCCGCCGCCGCGUCUGAUCGGGGUGCCGAGUGCGAAUUAUGACCGCGGCGAUCGUCAUGGAAAACGUUAACUGGGACCCCGUUAGACAGAGUCGAAUAGUCCUCACUUGUCCACUUCUUCCAGCGUUGUCCAAGUUGCUGAACUCGCUGCAGGAGAACAAGUCGGAAAUACCCAGCUGCACAGAGGAGGAAUUUGGAUUUCUCAGCGAGCUGCUGCAGUCCAAAGAACUGAAUGCCCUGGUGAACGUUCACAACAAGAUCCUAAGCAAUAUCAAGAAUGACAAAUUCUUUCCCGUGCUCUCGAACUCGAUGGACAUUGAUGCCGAGAUCCUUGAUAUGCUGGCAACCAAAACGCACAUCUCGCCCGAAUGCAAGGAGCUAUUUCACCUGCUGCAGAAACCGCACAUCCAGGGUCUCCUCUGCGCCCACGAUGCGGUGGCGCAAAAGGACUAUCAUCCAAGGCUACCAGAAAUCCCAUUGGAGGUGGACGAGGAUGAGGAAACGGUGAAGAUCGUCCAGCUGGUGAAGUCGAACGAGCCCCUGGGGGCGACCAUAAAGACCUGCGAGGAGACCGGCAAGAUCGUGAUCGCGCGGAUAAUGCACGGCGGCGCGGCUGACCGGUCCGGUCUCAUCCACGUCGGCGACGAGGUCUGCGAGGUCAACGGUAUCAGCGUCGAGGGGAAGACACCCAGUUUUGUUCUGCACAUUUUGCAAAAUUCUGAAGGGACAAUCACUUUUAAAAUAGUGCCCGCGGACAGCAAAAGUGGUGUCCGAGAGAGCAAGGUUCGCGUGAAAGCACACUUUUCGUAUGUAGCGGCCGAUGAUCCUUACAUUCCCUGUAGGGAAGCCGGAUUAGAUUUUGUUAAGGGUGACGUCUUGCAUAUUGUCAGUCAAGAUGACGCCUAUUGGUGGCAAGCCAGGCGAGAAGGUGAUCGAAAUAUGAGGGCAGGUUUGAUUCCUAGCAGAGCUCUGCAAGAACGCAGGAUUCUCCUCGAAAGGAAAGAAAAGGAGAAGACAGACGAAGACAAUAUAAGCAUAUGUUCUGUUCCAGUGCCUUUGCCCACAUUGUGCCCCCGUCCCAGUACCUCUUUGCACGCCUCGCCAACAAAGUGCAACUUGCAGGGAACUAAAACUAAAAAAAUCAUGUAUGACGCUGCAGAGAACGACGACUUCGAUCGGGAAGAGGUACCGACCUACGAAGAGGUCGCAAAACUCUACCCCAGGCCGGGCCUGUACCGGCCGGUGGUUCUCAUCGGGCCACCGGGUGUCGGCAGGAACGAGCUGAAGAGGCGGCUCAUGGAGACUGAACCUGGAAAGUAUAGCACUCCUAUCCCCUAUACGUCUAGGCCACCGCGACCAGGCGAAGUAAACGGCAAGGAGUACCACUUUGUUUCUCGAAAGAAUAUGGAGGAGGAUAUCGAGAGUGGAAAGUUUAUCGAGCAUGGCGAGUACAAGGGAAAUUUAUACGGCACCACUUCCGAAAGUGUCAGCUCGCUUGUCGAUGCCGGAUACGUGUGCCUCCUGAGUCCUCACUAUCAAGCUCUCAAGAUGCUAAGGACACCGCAACUGAGGCCAUACGUCAUAUAUGUGAAACCGCCGACGUUUGAGGUGUUGAAGGAGACCAGAAACAAGGCUCGAGCGAUGUCGACUUUUGACGAGAACAAUUCUCGAGGCUUCACGGAUGAGGAAUUUGAGGAGAUCCUGCACAGCGCGGAAAGGAUAGAGUUCUUAUAUUCUCAUAUUUUCGACGAAGUGAUUGUGAACGCUGAUCUUUCCAUGGCAUUGGAGCAACUAAUUAAUGCGAUUCAUCGAGUGAUGUCCGAGCCGCUUUGGGUACCAGCCUCGUGGGUUCAGUAAAAUGACGGUCUUGAAGGUUCGAGGAACAAAAAAAAACGGGUGAACAGCGGAAGAGGAGAGGGGGGAGGGGGGGAGUUGAGAUUGCCCGUCGCGGUUUUACGACACUGAGCGUUUCUCAUAACACUUUCUCGUUUCGACGACACUUUAGCUCUGCAUCCGCGAGAGAGACGGAAUUUUCCUCGAAGAACACGUGUCCUUUCUCUCCUCUAUCGUCUCACGAAUUGCAACUUACCACCUAGAACGUUAUUGCGCCUUUACACUCGUAGAAAUUUCUUACCUCGUGAGUCUAUGUCCGUUUUGAAAACGAAUUAAAAUGAAAUUUUCUAUUGUCGGAUGCGCCGUCGGUCGACGGUUUUGCCGGUUUGCGCGUGACGAUCGCGAAACGAACGCGACACACGAUCCUCCUCGACUAGAUUAAAUAGCUAAAUAUAAAAUGUUGAAGUAAUCUCGAAGAUACGCUCCAAGUGGUUCAAAAUCGUCCAAAUCCCACAGUUCUUGUUUGCCGGGUAACUUAUCAGACAUUUCUCAGCGAUUUGCUCCGCGUAUUCUUAAUCUUAGAACCCUUACUGCCAAAGGUUUCAUCAGCGGGAUUGCGGGAGAGCUCGUAUCGCGCGAUCUAAAAGGGAAGCGAUGUGAAUCCUCUGAUCUCGUCGCGAAUCUCCUCUGUACGUCCUGUCGACACGUUCGUGAAAUUCCAGUUUUGAUUGUGAAAACCACACGGGAGUCUCGCAUACCUUGGGGAUCAACGUAAUUCACGAAAUGUUACCUUAACUGUGCCGAGGUUGCUUCGAAAGCUUUAAGCUACAUCAAAACCGGGAGAGUCACUACCGUGGACGAUCUUUGAUCUCGAUUGUUGUUAAUUGUUGCCAAAUAAGUAUUGUACCUAGAACGCGACCGAAACGAUCGCUUCACUGUAUUUAACUGGUUUUUCCAACUCGGUCAGCAUUACCACGAUAUAUUGCUAUUUUAUUUUAUUUUUUUCCAUGACAAAAUGAGAUGCCAAUGAAAGGAAGAAGAUGUACACUCUAUCAAGUUGGCGUUGCAUAAACUCACCCUUGAUGUAAACUCUAUAUAUGUUAUCUAUAUGAAAUAUACGAUUAAACUUUGAAC